ACAUACACAAUAAUAUCAUUUCAAUUUAUUUCCCUUCAGAUUAAAUUCAAACUCAACAACAAAAAAAAAUUUUUCAGUAAACUUUAAAUUUAAAAUUUGAUCGAUGUCAAUAAACUAAUACGUAACAUAACGUAUUAUGUUAUGUAAUUUGGUGGCAGCGGUGGGAUACGCUCCACAGAGGAUUAAAGUUGUCACGCUUGUCAAUAAAAUAUAUAUAUUUAAGAAACAAUGGCGACUGAAUUGGAAUCGUUGGACGAAGAAAUGGUUUUGACAUUGUCGGAAAAACUCAAAGCAUGGGAUGCGAACUUUCGCGAUAUGAGUGCAAAACUCGCCGAACUACAAAACGGCAUGUUCGAACUUAAAACAAAACAGGAACCUAAAACACCCGUAUUGCCGCCGACAACACAAAAAGAGACGGUCCAGCCGAGUGGACAUACCCAGCCAAUUAAGCUAAAAGACGCGAUCGAAUCGGUGCCAGCGUUCGACGGAUAUCGACCAUCGGUAUUCCACCUUUUAAGAGCUUGUGAGCGCGCGCAAAAUAUGAUUCCCAGAUAUCAAGAACCUCAAUUAGUAAAAUUGUUAGUAAAUAAGCUCCGUGGACACGCGUUCCUCGCCAUCGAAGACACAGAAUUAAUGAGUCUAAAUGAUUUCGGAAAUAAAUUAAAGGAUCUACUCGGCCCAAAAAAUCUCUCAACGAAUAUAAAGGGGAAUUAGGAACGAUAUUUCAACGACCCGGGAAAGACAUAUUAGAUUAUAUGGAUCGCGUUAGAAAUCUUAGAUUGGCAAUAAUGGACGGAGAAAGAGGCGACUACGGCAUCAUAUCCCCCGAUAUCUAAGAUACCAUAGAUUGGGAAACGAGAGAAGCUUUCGUUAAAGGACUUCCGAACGAAGUAUAUGUGCGAGUAAAAAUAGCAGGGUACCACACUUUAGAAGAUGCGUAUCGUCAAGCCGUCAAAGCAACACACGAACUGAGACGAAUAACCGAUAGAACGCGACCCCAACGACCGACACCCUCGAACUAUUACAGACGCGACAACGUACGCCCUUCGAACACUAACAACAAUAUCAGGAACAACCGCCAAGAUCGAAGAUCGGUACCUCCAUCGCAGAAUUUUUCGAAUACUACAAGACAAAAUAUCACAUGUAAUUAUUGUAAAAUACCCGGGCAUUUAGUCAAAGAUUGUUACAAAUUUAAAGCCCGAGUAGAUGCCGGAUUAAUCGUACCCUAUACUUCGAGACCAUCGGGAAACCAAACGCGUCCUUCGGGAGAAUGGGGCGAGCCACGAAGGAACGAUACGCCGAAUCGCCCAAGAGUACAGGCGGCAACCAGGCGACCGGCGCCGACGGCAACAAACGGAAUAAGGGCUGCCACCCCCGCGAGAUCGACUCCACCACCCAUAACGAGAGACCGAGCGAACGCAAUGCCGACCGUAAGACCGAACGAACAACCAUUAAAUACUGUGGGGGAGUUAUCCCACAACCAAACGAGGUCACAAACAGAGAAUCCGGAAUCUCAAGAAAAAAGGGAAAGAGUGAAGCACAAACAACCGGUGAAGGAAAAUCACCAGGAGUUGAAUUCAGAUUCGGAAGGCGACCUCUCCGAAUUAUUUCAGUAAAAUUUAAUGAUUCCCCAACGACCCCAACUGCACGAAUAGUUUCCCCAGAUCUAAAAACUAAGACGAGUUCAUUAUUAGACUCUGGAUCGGAAAUUAAUAUUAUCAAAAAACCUGCUUUACCCGAUUCAGCCAUCAUCGACGAAAAGGAAUCAAUCGUAGUGCGAGGAAUUACGGCAACGAGCUUGGUCUCCCUAGGGCAGACGGUAAUACAGGUUGCGGGCCAUCCGGUUAUUUUUCAUGUAGUCGAUGAUUCAUUGCUAAUCUAUCAAGACCGAAUCCCAGGAUCCGAAUUUUUUGCAGGUUGUAAAGCUCGUUUAGAUUAUGAGGAAAAACAUAUUAAAUGGGGAAAUAUUUAUAUACCCUUCGAUACUAAAGAAAAAAUAAUUAUACCGAAGCGAAGUUCAGUAACGUGUUCAAUUAAUGUCGCAAAUCCAGAGAUAAAAGAGGGAUUUAUUCCGAGAAUUGAGCCGAUCAAAGGAAUUUAUUUUGGAAAUGCAGUUGUGAGGAAUCAUAAAGGAAAAGGUUACAUAAGAGUAAUAAAUACUACUUCAAGAAAUUACGAAUUUACAACACCGACGAUGGUAAUUAAGGAAUUCGAAAACCCCUCCCCGCUUCCUAGGACAGCGUGUAAUACAGUUUUAAAAUCGAAGGAAAGUAGAUACGAUAAAAUAAUUGAGUUACUACGACUCGAACACUUGAACGAAGAAAAAAAGGAAAAUGUUAAAAAGUUGAUUCGUAAUAAUCAAGAUAGGUUUCAUAUUCCAGGAGAUACAUUGGAAGCAACCGAAGUUCUGGAACAUAGGAUAAUCACGACGGACAAUAUACCCAUCAAUACUAAACAGUAUCGAUAUCCGCCAAUACAUCGAGAAGAAAUAAAUUGACAGGUCCAA